AUCUUUGUUAUUGAUGAAUGUUAAUGUGUGCGUGUCGCUUUAAGAGUCUCGCUGCGCGUUGCGUGGAUCCUUCAUGAAUGAAAGCACGUGAGCAAACAUCAUAUGACGUCUGGCACCAGCGCGAGAGAAAGCGGAUCAACACCAACACAAAAUUCACCGACAACACCGUCAAACUCCCGUGGGAUUCUCUCCGGUGACCGUCAUUUGCUGCUUCACAGGCUUCCGAUCUGUGGUUUGCCUGCGGUUCCUCGUGGCAUGACGACCACUAACAAAGGAAACAAGGCCUUGAAGGUGAAGAGGGAGCCCGGUGAGAACGGGACGAGUCUUACAGACGAUGAGCUGGUGUCCAUGUCGGUCCGGGAACUCAACCAGCAUCUGCGCGGUCUGUCGAAAGAAGAGAUCCUGCAGCUAAAACAGCGCCGGCGGACGCUCAAGAACCGCGGCUACGCUGCCAGCUGCCGUGUGAAACGUGUCACUCAGAAGGAGGAGCUAGAGAGGCAGAAGGCGGAGCUACAACAAGAAGUGGAGAAACUCGCCUCUGAAAACGCCAGUAUGAAAGUGGAGCUGGAUGCGUUGCGCUCCAAAUACGAGGCUCUGCAGAGUUUUGCCAGAACUGUGGCCCGAGGGCCCGUGGCACCCGUUUCUAAUGCGGUCGCUCCCCGCGGGCCCUUUGCGUCUGUCAUCGGGCCCCUCGUUCCUGGCAAGGUGGGAGCUACGAGUGUCAUCACGAUAGUUAAAUCUAAAACUGACGCGAGGUCUUAGUGCCCUACAGAGGGAGCGAGAGAGAGUGUUGGUCAGUGCAUGAUGGUUUAGGCGCAGGAUAGAAAUUAAUCAAUGUCAUUUUUGGGGUGGAAAUUAGACAGAAACAGCCUUUCAAUUUUUCCUGGUUCAUGGCUCACUAAAGGAGAAAAGCACAUCUAGGACGGUUAAUUCACUUGGGCUUCCAAAAUAGUCUCCAAAUUAUAAACGGAUGUCUAAAGUUCAUUGUGGACGUCUCUGUGUAUUGUGUUUUUUGUAUACAUGAGGUCCAAGUUCAGUGUUUAUGUUGUUGGAAAUAUAGUUUUUUUAGCAUUUGUGCGUUCUUUAUUUUCUCUUUGGAGAUGCCUCGUUUCUGUCCUUUUGUCUACGGACUGCAGGCACGCAACACUUUAUUAACGUUCAGGCUUCCAAACUCUUCCACCGUCUCCAUAUUAUGCUGUGAAACUCAAAGAGAAGAUAAAUAAAAUAGACUUUUUCCAUAUAAUGAGAUGGAAUGUAAUAAAGAAGCAUCAGCCAAUGAGAAACUCCAUUUACCUGAGCCUAUGCACUGACCAAUCACUGAUGGGCAGGAGGAGAGGAGGCGGAGUCAGUCGUGCUGAUGUUGUUCAUAUGGUAGCUAUCAGGAUCUCACACCAGUUUAUGUGCUAACUCGUCCAUUUACAGGACAGAAAAUACUUUUAUUAUGACAGAUGAGACUUUAUUGGCAAGGCAAUAACAUAUAUUUGUUACAGCUUUUUUUGCUUUGUGGAACCUGUGAAAAUGUUCAAUUUGAUUGUGAAUUGUUUGUUUCAAACAAGAUUAUAAUGUCUGUCAUUGUCAGUAAAUCCAGAGAGAUUUUUCACUGUAUCAAUUGAUUUUUUUUCAUUGUUGAGUAAAAACGAGAUAAGAGAAAAAUACUCAAGCUUCUGCUUUUGAAAGAUGGACCGUCGGGCGACAUAAACUGGUGAUAUCUCACAAGCUUUCCCAUAAAUUUGUUGCUGUGACAUUGCGUAACUAUUCUAAGAAUCGUUGUCUAUAUCGGUGGUGUCUUGAAUUUUAUAUUACAAAAAAUGCAUUAUUUAUAAAACGUUUAAAAAAGAAAUUUAAAGUUGUUUGAUAGCUCUCUUUUUUGCAAUUGUACCAAAAGUGGCUUAACUAUUGAAGUCAAUAGCUUUUUCUAGUGACUAGGCGCGUAAAACUGUGGACUAGCGCGUGUGGUGUGAUUCGUACUGGUGAGGUGGCGCUGUUGUUUACGAUGUGACUCACUUCUGAUUUCAGUCGAACGCAGACGAUGAGCGUGUGUCGUCCGUGAUCUCUGUAGUUUACCAUUUGUUUAGCGGUUGAUAUUUUCGAUACUCAUUGAUCUUUUCCACGAGAGUUUGAAAGUUUGCUUUCGGUUAAAUGGACACACUCGAAGCGAAGCGUGUUUGUUGCGCAAGAAGACUUCUCAGGACAGCGUAAAUACUUCAAGGGUGUCUGUUGUGAAACUACUGCCUCAUCCUCUGCGUUUGAGUACUUUCAUGUGACGUGUAAUUUUAUACAUUUUUAGUGUAAAACGUUUCUAUGGUAUAUUACAGUAUAUUUGUUUGUUUGUUUUCCUUCUAUUUGACUUGUUUUCUUUAAAUGCCAGGGAAGUGACUCCCGUAUCUGCACUGUUUUAAACGAAACAAACGAGCGAUGCAUCUCCGCUGUGUGACGUUUAGUUUGACGUACGGCUGCUCUCGAUGCUGCAACACUGUUUUCUCGCAAAAGAAAACCUGAAAACAAUUCGUAUUUUUAUAUAUAUAUAAAUAGUCAAAUUCUUCCCCUUUUCGUUUGGCCAAUACAUUUUCCAUUUAGAAAAGACACAAAAAUACUCACUAUCAUAAGCAUGACCAUUAUUGUGCUGCGUCUCGUCUGAAUUACCGUAAUUACUCUUAGAUUGGACUCGGAACGGUUCACAUCCUCAGAAAUGAUUCGUUUCUUUAUAGCAAAGCUCAAAAUGCCAAAAAUGAUCCAUGUGCGGCUUUGAUGUUGAUGACGUCACUACAUUAAUUCACCUCUAAAUGCACCUAAAGCUACGAAAACGCAUCAGGUAAUAUUUGCUAUAAUAAAAUGACAUUCAAUUGUACAAUGUCUCGUGAUCACGAUUGAAGCCAUGGCAAUUUUGGUUUUUUUUACGUCAAAUUCAGUGUUUCAAACUUGAAAUUAUGAAUUUCACAAGACUUGAGUGGUUUUCACUACUCAAACUCGUAAUUACCGUAAUUCCGACAUGACGUGAGUGCAGCAUUAAUGGUUUUAAAAACAGUACAAGGUCUUGCCAAUACUACCUAAUUACCUUUAGCUUUUGAAGCACGGCAAUUUUGGUUGUUUGAACAAAGAAUUUCGAUUUUCAAAUUUGUAAUUGCUCGUUUGAUGUUAGCGUUUAUUUAGUUGUUUAUUUUUUUUUUUUCUUCUCGGAAACGUGUAAUUAUGGUAUUUCUGCCGUGAUGUGAAUGCAGCAUUCACUGCAAACCAACAACUGUGAGUGAUUUCUGUCGUACAGCUCAAGAUUUUUCUUGUUUAGCACAAAGAUGUCUGAUUUUGAGUCGAUCUCAUAGAAAUGUACAGCACAUAUUUGCUUUCUACUUAAUUUACGAUUAAAGAAUUGCCUUUGGAAGUUUUUUCAUAUUGCGCUGAUCUGGCAUUUUAAAAACAAAUUUGUUGUUGGUAUAUUUGUGACAAUUUAUUUUUAAUUUUUGUUGUAAAUUAACUGAAAAUCGUCCUCUAACUGGCUAAUCUGUGAAAUAGUUUUGUAACAAAGUCUUUGGUCCAUCUCGCCAUUGCUUUCGUGACCAAUGGUAGCGUUCUAUUGGCUGUGGCAGUUCUGUGGCGUGUCGCACAUUCUAUACGCAACGUGUCGAAAGGUUUCAGAGAAAAUAAAUCUAGAUCUUGUAGCUUACUCGCAAACAAUGAUAAUGUGAUUUGUGUGUUUGUGUGUCAGGUUGCACUUCUGCCCAAUAAUGGAACUGAUGUUCCAAACUUUUCUUCCGAAUGUUCCUCAUGUUGUCGUUAUGGUCGUCGUGGUGAUUUGGUGUAAAAAAAGUGGCCCUAUGAACUAAAUGCAAAUCAGCUGGCAGUAGGAAAGAGUCAUGACCUCUCAAUAGGAAUAUAGUUUUUUGUCAUCCGUAAAUAAUCGCUUAUGAGGGUGCAACACUAACAUAUCUGCAGAACAUUCAACCAAUUGAUGAUUGCCGUCUGAUCGGAUUUACCCAAAAAGGGCUCUGCAACUGAGGACUAAACUCAAAUUUUAUAUUUUCAUUUAAUUCAGUCUUUCUGUUUUUGAAACGGUGCCAUGUCCCGAGAGGUAAAAGAAAGGGUUCUCAAUAGUAAAGUAAGACAAUCCUGAGAAUAGCCGCUCUGAUAAAUGUCUUAAAAAUGUCUUAUACCUGCUUACAAUUCUUAAAGGAAUAGUUCUGUCAUCGUUUACUCUGCCUUACUUACAAACCCACAAGACUGAAAUUCUUUUGUCUGUCCUUUUAGAAGUGCGAUAGCCCCUGAACAUUUGCUGAACAUCUUUUUGUGUGUUGGUGGGUAAAUGAUGACAGAAUUUAAUUUCUGGGUGAACUGUUCCUUUAAGACUCAGUCUGAUUGACCCAUUGGUCAGACCGUGAUUGACAGGGGUCAAAGAGUUGCACUGGACAGUUCAAAUUUCAGAUGUAGACUUUUCAUAAGCAGAUCAAUAGCAUGCAAUUGGUCGAGCUGGACGAUCCCCUGUGUCCGGUUAUGUUGCUGGGCAAAAUGUGCACUACCUCUGAAUUCAUGGCUUUGCCCUACUUCUCCUACAAACUCUUCAGACUUCUACAUUGUCUUGACUUUUAUUCGUUCUUGUCAAGCCCCAAUGUGUUUCUGCUUUUAAAAACACAAUUUUUGUUGCCUUGUGGGACGUGCAUUACAAUGUUUCAUUUCAAGUUGAGGAAAAAUGAGUUUGAAACCUUCAAAGACUAUCUUUCUCUGCUUUCCUGUUAAUGUUUAAAGGGUAGUUCACCCAAAAAUGAAAACUCUGUUAUUAUUUACUCUUUAUUUACCCUUUUUGAAGAAUCUUCAUGCAGGUCUUGACAUGCAACAACAGUUCAUAGUGACUACAAUCCAAAAAGGAGAUAAAAAUAUCAUCACGUGAGUUCAUAUGAAAGCCAAAUGAUAGAUUUGUUUGGGAAACAGAAUAAGGAAAUUAUUGGUGAUUAUUGUUUUAACUCAAAAUCAACAUAUGUUUUGCAUAAAGAAAAUUAAUCCAUUAGGGCCAUUAAGAUUUUUUACAUUGUGACAUUAUUGUUUUCCAUUAACCACAUUUUAUCCUCAAUAUGUAUUAACAAAACUUCAAAAGAUGGUCAUUAUUAUAUUCUCAUUACCACAACAUGAAAAAAUUCUAUAUAUAUUUUUAAUUGGGAACUAUUUAUAUAUUAUAGAAGUAACCUUGAUACACAUUUUAAUUAAAUCAUGUACAAUAACAACUUUUUUACUAUAAAACAGAAAACCAAAAAUGACAGUAUUUUGAUAAUGAGAGUCGUCAUUGAAAACAAGCGGAAAACAUCCAGAUGUGUUACGGUAAUGAGAAUCAUCAUUGAAAACGGGGGGAAUAGUACAAAUAAAACAUCCUUAUGCAUUACGGUAAUGAGAAUUGUCAUUGAAAACGUCAGGGAAUAGUAAAAAUAAAACAUCCAGAUGCGUUACGGUAAUGAGAAUCGUCAUUGAAAACGGGGGGAAUGGUACAAAUAAAACAUCCAGAUGCGUUAUGGUAAUGAGAAUCAUCAUUGAAAACGGGGGGAAUAGUACAAAUUAAACAUCCAGAUGCGUUACGGUAAUGAGAAUCGUCAUUGAAAACGGGGGAAUAGUACAAAUUAAACAUCCAGAUGCGUUACGGUAAUGAGAAUCGUCAUUGAAAACGGGGGGAAUAGUACAAAUAAAACAUCCAGAUGCGUUACGGUAAUGAGAAUCGUCAUUGAAAACGGGGGGAAUAGUACAAAUAAAACAUCCAGAUGCGUUACGGUAAUGAGAAUCGUGAUUGAAAACGGAGGGAAUAGUACAAAUAAACCAUCCAGAUGCGUUACGGUAAUGAGAAUCGUCAUUGAAAACGGGGGAAAUAGUACAAAUAAAACAUCCAGAUGUGUUACGGUAAUGAGAAUCGUCAUUGAAAACGGAGGGAAUAGUACAAAUAAACCAUCCAGAUGCGUUAUGGUAAUGAGGAUUGGGGAAGAUUUUUAGUGAAUAACGACUUCAAUUUAUGUCUGUUCACCAACAAAGCUAUCGUAUUACUUCAGAAGAAUUGGAAGAAACCACACAGUUGAUAUGAGCUUCUUUUAUGCUUUUUGUCCGUUUUGGAGUCACUUGACACUUUCAUUGUAUGAAAAAGAGCAGUGCAAACAAUCUGCUAAACAUCUGCUUGAGUUUUCCACAAAAAAAUUAAGAAAAAGAAAAAAGCAGGAUACAGGUUUGCAACAAUAUCAGGGUGGGUAAAUAAUGACAGUAAUUUUAGUGUGAACUAUCCCUUUAAGACAGUCUAAUGCUAGUUCUGUGUGCUUUAGCUGUUUGGAAGGUUUCAAUCAUUUACUCCUUAUCAAGGUGCUUGACGGAUCGCUCACAUGUUGGCUCUUGUUUAUAAACCGCUCGUAACGACACACAUGACUUUUCCUUUAGAUUCACAACUGUCGGGUCAGUAAAACGAGGAAAGAGCCGUGUUUCUGAGUCGAUGCACUGUUGUUGCUGUUCAUUGCAUCCUGAAAGUUGUUUGUGUUCUAUAGAAGUGAAAUAAUUUGUUGCCGCUCUUGAGAGAUGUAGAUUUCAGCUUUGUAAUAUUCUGUUCUUGUUUACUGUUGUCUUUUGAAUUCAACUUCUUCCCCUUUUUACAUUUGAUUUCCCUUUUCUCAACGUCACCAGAGUCGCAUUGAUAUGAGUGACUCUACAAGCUUACUGGACUGCAGUUUAUCUCUAUCAACAUGUCAACAGUCAGAUAUGUCAAGCUAUAAAUAGCUGUGAGUUUAUUAUUAUUAUUAUGAUGGAUUUGUUUUGUGUAAAAAAAUCAAUGAAUGGUUUUGUUGUUUUUCUGUACAGGUGUGUUCAGAUAUACUAGUUCUUUGUAUUGGAAAAUAUAGAUACCGUGAAAGUCCAUUUAAUUGUAAGUAUUUAUCAACUAAGUAAUAUAUUGUAUUGGUAUAUAAUGAUGAAAUUAACUGUAUCAGUCAGUCUGGGGCGUCCUUUAAUUUAUUGAUGUAUAUACUGUAUGUUUGUGGAUAUACAGCUUACUUUAUUUUAUAUAUGA